AUGUCUUUCAACUUUGUCCACGAUUCAAAAUUCACACCACCAACUCACAACUUAUCCGAAAUGUCCUCAUUAACACGCUCUCAACUUGGUCAGGUCCAGACAUCCUUUCCAUCACAAACACAACCAGUCCCCAUUCCCAUGUCAGCUACAAGUGCUUCAACAGGAACCUCAAACUCACAACAAGGCUCACCAAUCAUGUCGCCCGACACUGCUGUUCUAACCACAUACUCCUCCGUCCAGGCCUCACCUGAGCCCAUGCGAGGUCGGGAGGAGGAGGCUUUCCCUUCUAGCUUCCAGUUGCCUGAAUCUGUGCUCUCCAGGAAGACGAGCACCAACUCUCUCGGGUACAAUGCCAUGUCCGAAGUGGCCAACAACAGCAAGGGAGGUCUUAUUCGCCGAUUUUCGAACCGAGCUCAACGCUUUGCCGGCAGAAGACGACCAUCUUCCGGCGCUCCUGCCAGCCGCGAUGGAAGCGUUGGCCCUAGCAUCCUCAGACGUCGCAGUGACAGCAAUGCUACAGCACCACAAGAGAACAGCGCCCUGACAGACACAGAUGAGGAGUUUGUUCCUGACGACUCCAUGUCUAUGGUCGGUCUUGACGGCGCUAACUACACAUCAUCCGCCAACAGCACCCAUGGCUCAAUCAGUGCAAGUGCUGGAGCUAUGGCUGGCCCAGUGCUCCCUGCCGAGCUACGCAAUGGGUGCCCGGUGAAGAAGGUGUCCAAGAAAAGUCGACCAAAGAGGAUCAGCCUUGUUUACGAGACUGAGUCCAACAAACUCUCUUGGGAUCCAAGCCGUCCUCAAAAAUCUCUUCACGUCGACGAAAUCAGGGAGAUCCGAACAGGGACCGACAUCCAGCAGUACAUCCACGACUAUGGGCUUUCCGAACACAUUGAAUUCUACUUCCCUGUUUGGUUCACUAUUAUUUACAAUGUUCCCGAAAGCUCAAAGACAAGAUUUCUACACAUUGUUACCGAUAACCCAAACACCCUAUCUCUAUGGACCGAGUUCCUAGACGCUAUGUUGAGAUACCGACAGCAACUUAUGACAUCGUUGAUGUCAUUCAACGACCGUGCUGUUGCCCAGUACUGGCAGACCGAAAUGGCCAAGGAGUUUGGUGACCAGGUCCGAACUCCUGACCAGGAGGAGAUGAACAUUGCUGGUGUAAAGCGUGUUUGCCAGAACCUUCACAUCUACAGCUCAUCAUCAACCCUUGAAGUUAACUUCCACUUAUCCGAUUCUCGAAGACGAUCAAAGCUCAACUUUAGAGAGUUCAAGGACUUUGUGCGCCGCAUGAAGCAACGCAACGACGUGCAGCGAAUUAUUCGAAACAUUGCUGCGAACCCUGAGUUUGGUCUUACUUUGUCCGAGUUUCUUACUUUUCUACGCGAUGACCAGGGUGAGGAUGUUGAUUCUAACCGUACCGCUUGGGAGAAGCUCUUUUCUCGAUUCUGUCGCCAAUACCGAAGCACCGAGGCCGACCUUCCUGAGAAUGUUGAGAUCAUGACUGAAGCCGCCUUCGUUGGCUUCUUGACUUCAGAAGACAACGAGGUCAUCCAGCCCGAACCUCAAAACAUUGUCUUGGACCGCCCAAUGAACGAGUACUACAUCUCUAGCUCUCACAACACCUACCUUCUCGGUCGACAAGUCGCUGGUCAAUCAAGCGUUGAGGGUUACAUCUCAGCGCUUGCCCGUGGCUGCCGAUGUGUCGAGGUUGAUUGUUGGGAUGGUUACAACGGCCAGCCCGAAGUCAACCACGGCCGUACCAUGACAACCUCGAUUAGCUUCAAGGAGGUCAUGACAACUAUCAACAAGUACGCAUUCGUCAAGUCCAAGUUCCCCCUCUGGAUUUCUCUCGAGGUCCACUGCAGCCCGGCCCAGCAGGCGACAAUGGUUGAGAUCAUCAAGGAGUCCUUCGGUUCAAGGCUUGUCACAGAGACCCUAGAAGCCUUCCCCGACAAGCUUCCCACCCCCUCAGAGCUUAUGGAGCGUGUCCUCAUCAAGGUCAAGAAGCCUCAGAUCAAGGAGGAGCCUGUCACCGCUGGCAAUGACUUCCGUGGUCGACGCCGAGGUAACAGCCUCAACUCACCCAUGAUGCGACCUUCUGUUCCUGAUGGAACUCCUCUGAUGCCUUCUCAGUCUCUGCCACAGAGCCCCAUGCUUACUCCCAGCCAUUCAUCUCGAAGAUUGGUCAGCAAGACUCGAGUCAACACCAUUACUGAGGGCCAAGUUCAGGGCAUGCUGAGCAGCAGCACAAGCGACAACGAGAGUGUUUCUGAGCAGCCAGUCAAGAAGGUCCACAACAAGACCGUCAAGGUUCUUGGUGACCUCGGUGUUUACUGUGCUGGAGUCAAGUUCUCUGGCUUCGACACUGUCGAUGCGAAGCAGUAUAACCACAUCUUCUCUUUCAUGGAGUCGAGCUUUGCCAAGCACUCUCGCGCCAAGGACCAGAAGAUGGCCCUCGAUAUCCACAACAUGCGCUACAUGAUGCGAGUCUACCCCGACCGAACUCGCAUCACUUCCAACAACUUCGAUCCUCUCAACUACUGGCGUCGCGGGGUUCAGAUGGCCGCCCUUAACUGGCAGACUUUUGACCUUGGAAUGCAACUUAACCGUGCCAUGUUUGAUGGUAAGGACUCUUCUGGAUACGUUCUCAAGCCCGCCGAACUCCGAGAUAUCCAGGUCCUGCCAUACAACGCGGACAUUGCCGAGGGCAAGAAGGAGCGCACCGUUAUCUCUUUUACCAUCGAUGUCAUCUCUGCCCAGCAGCUUAUGCGACCUGCCAACCUGCCUGCGAACAAGUCCAUGGACCCCUAUGUGGAGGUCGAGGUCUUCCAUGCCAACGACAAGCGCGAUAAGAAGGAGGCCGAUUCUAACCUGGUCUUGGAGCACGAUACACCUCUCAAGUAUCAGACCGAUGUCAUCCGCGAGAACGGCUUCAACCCCCUGUUUGACAGGACGAUGAAAUACACGGUCACCACCAAGCACCCCGACCUGAUCUUCGUUCGCUGGUCGGUCAAGCUCUCCAACGAUGGCGAGAGCUACAACGAGCGCCCAGCCGUUGCCACUUAUACCGCCAAACUCACCAACCUCAAGCAGGGUUACCGCACCCUGCCUCUUCUUAACCACGCUGGCGACCAGUAUCUCUUCUCCAAGCUCUUUUGCAAGAUCAAGAUCGACUCGGUCGAGAAGAAGUUUAUGGAAGCUCCUCGCCGUGUUCAGGACGGAAACAAACUCAACCGACUCGGCGGCAAGGUCUUUAGCCGCAUGAACACCAGCCCUAAAAGUACUAUCGAAAAGUCUAGCUCCGAGAAGACGAGCUUUGACAGCUAUUGA